AUGAUCAAUCAUAAAGGUUUCAGUUCACUUGAUUAUAUUGGCUAUGGUUGUUGGUGUGGCUUGGGUAACUAUGGUUCGAAAGUAUUCGAUAGUACAGAUCAAUGUUGUCAAUUGCAUGAUCAAUGUUAUGAUCGUAUAUCAGGUGGAUUUUUUGGUUGUUCACCAAAGCUUGUCACCUAUGAUUGGACAGGAUUAUCAAAUGGCGGAAUUCUAUGCACAGAUCGAGAAAAUACGUGUGAUCGAAAAGCGUGUGAUUGUGAUCGAUUAGCUGUUGAAUGCUAUGCGCAAUAUCGAAGCACUUACAAUCCUAACUUUCUCGAUGGCAAAUACAAAGGCAACAAAAAGAUAGCAUGCAAAUAA